AUAAUAGUGAUUCGUCAAAGUGCUUUCUUCCGUGUUCGUUUAAAAUGUCAUUGGUUACGUUUAAAGUGAAUAAGCCUUUCUCAAUAAUUAUUUUAGUAAUUAUUUUUAAUUUGUUUGAAACCGUUAGUUGUAUUUCCGUUACAAAUGAAAGGUAUAGAUUAAAUUACCAUAUAAUGAGUCCGGCUGGUUGGAUCAACGAUCCUAACGGAUUCUCUUACUACAAUGGUGAAUAUCAUGUAUUUUAUCAAUAUAAUCCCGACGAUGCUACCCAUGCCAACAUGCACUGGGGGCACGUUACAAGUGAAGAUCUGGUUCACUGGAAACAUUUGCCAAUUGCUCUUUAUCAAGAUCAACCGUACGAUGUUGAUGGUGUUUACUCCGGCAGUGGUAUAGUAGUUAAUGAAAGUCUUGUACUUAUGUACACAGGAAACGUAAACCAAAUCGAUGGAAGGGAUUUCUCAACGCAAAGUCAAGCGUUAGCUAUUAGUUCGGAUGGAGAAAGUUUUAUAAAAUACAUCAAUAAUCCUGUAAUACCUUUUCCACCUCAAAAUGGAGGGAAUGACUUUCGCGAUCCAAAAAUAUGGAAAUAUAACGACACAUUGUACGUCGUUUUGGGAAAUCAAAAUAACCUAACAAUGCAAGGAAGAGCAGUAAUUUAUUCGUCUUAUGAUCUAUUCGAUUGGACUUAUGUUGGUGUUUUAGCAGAAUCAACAGGCAGCUUUGGAUACAUGUGGGAAUGCCCUGACUUUUUUGAACUGAAUGGCUUCCAUAUAUUGCUACUUUCUCCUCAAGGAAUUGAGGCGAAUGGCGAUGAUUACCAAAAUAUAUACCAAACUGGAUAUUUUGUUGGCUCCUACAACUAUCGGACAAAUAAUUUCUCGCACAGUAACACAUUCAUUGAAUUGGAUCAUGGACAUGAUUUUUAUGCUGCUCAGACAAUGGAAACGCCUGAUGGUCGACGAAUUAUGAUCGCUUGGAUGGACAUGUGGGAAAGAGACUAUCCAGAACAAGAGGAUGGUUGGGUAGGAGCUUUAACCAUACCUAGGGAAUUGACCCUUUCGUCAUCAGGAAGAAUACUGCAAAAUCCAGUUCAAGAACUAAUAGCUCUUCGAACUUCCACCUUAUUGAAUACUACUUUAAAUGUUGAAGGAAUAUCAAAACUGUUUGACGUUCAUAGUGCUGAAAUACUUAUUAAGGCAACUUUUAAUGACGCUAUCACUCAAGUGGGAAUCAGAAUAGAAUUAGGCAAUAAUUCAUGUGUUUUAGCUUACUUAGAUACGUCUAAUAAUAAAUUUGUAUUGGAUCGAGGAGAUAAUGAUCCACGAAGAACGCUAAUAAAUGUUACAAACGCAAAUAAUCCUGAAGCUUUAGAAAUGAGAGUAUUUUUGGACAAAUCUUCCAUCGAAAUAUUUUUAGGCGACGGUGAAAUUACAUUUAGCAGUAGAAUUUACCCAAGUUCAACUCCUGCUGUGUACGCUUUAUCUAAUGGAACAGUAACUCAAAUGGAAGUUGUUGCAUAUGAACUGGAAAAUAUCUGGAGCGGUAGUUGGUGUAUUCGACAGAGCUCAUUUGUUCAAGCGUUUUAUUUUGCUGCAUAUUUAAUGGCGAAACUUUAUAUUCAGUGAUGGAAAAGUGAAGUGUGUAAUUACCAUACACCAAUAGGUAUUUACUAUUUACGAAAACUACGAAAACAGUGAAGCGGCAAAUAUUUAAUGUUUUUGUCAAUUUUAUUACUUAAUGUUAUAAAAUUUUUACUGUACUAACCUACAGUGCAUUGUAUGAUAUAAUUUUUAUGAAGGACCACGUGAUGCUUGUCAUCAUCAUCAUCAUCAUCAUCAUCAUAAGUCCUUCAGCUGGAAAAUUAGUUGGACACAUAAUAACAAUAGAUAAUAGAGGUAAUUUAUUCAAUUGACUCUACAGGUUUAUUUACAAAUAUUAAAAAUAUCAGUCCUUCAAAUAAAUGUAUAUGUAGGUACUUAUCUUAUCUCAGAUGUAACAAGCAUGAUUAAUGUUUGAUUAGAGUAUGUGACAUAGCAAUAAAAUUUUAAUUUUUGUAAAAAUCCCUUAAGCACAGCAAUAACUGUAACAACAAUAUUCUAUUUUGCCUUUCAGCUUGAAAUUAACAAAUGAAUUAGUUGUUAAAGCUAUUAUAAAUAAACAAUACUCAUUCCCUCGUUAAAACAGUCAAAACAAACCAAAAGCAAUUAAAAUAAAUGCUCAUCUCAGUAAUUUCUUUUAGACCUAUAUGCAAAUAUAGAAUUUCAAACUC